AUGUGGGAAAAGAGCGGCUUAAAUGGGGACAUCUGCUCAGUGCUGCUCAUCUUACUCGUACAGCCAGGUCAGGUGCCCCACACUGGGGAGAGGGCAAGGCGGUUCCUUCUUAUCUUGCCUGCCAGGGUCGCGCCGCUGGCACCGCGCUCGCUUACUCGCUCGCGCGCGGAGGACACCCGCGGGUCGGCUAGCAGAGCUGGGGACUCGCCGCCAAGUCUCAGGCUGCGGGGCAAACACACCUCCUCCAGGACGGGCACCUCCAAAGCCACCUCGGAAAAGGGAGUAAGGAGUGACCAGAUCAAAGCGCCGAAGACCUCACGGCGCGCGCGCAGCGCGGCCCGGCGAGGUCGCAGAUUGGUUGGCCGCGCCUCCGCGGCACUUCAAAGCCGGAGAGGGAGCUACAAUUGUGGCGGAAUGGGCGGAACUGAUCAUUCGUGGCGUUUUGUUCCGGAAUCAGACGCCCCAACCAAACUUGUUCCCUCCUGUAGAGUAGGAGGCAGCCGGGCGCCGGGGCAGCUGGGGGUGUCAGGCCGCUACUCGGGCCGCGCCACCUGCGACUGCCCCAACUGCCAGGAGGCUGAGCGGCUUGGCCCCGCUGGGGCGAGCCUGCGGCGCAAGGGGCUACACAGCUGCCACAUCCCGGGCUGCGGCAAGGUGUACGGCAAGACGUCGCACCUGAAGGCGCACCUGCGCUGGCACACGGGCGAGCGGCCGUUCGUGUGCAACUGGCUGUUCUGCGGCAAGCGCUUCACGCGCUCUGACGAGCUGCAGCGGCACCUGCGGACCCACACGGGCGAGAAGCGCUUCGCCUGCCCGGUGUGCAACAAGCGCUUUAUGCGCAGCGACCACCUGAGCAAGCACGUGAAGACGCACAGUGGCGGCGGCGGCUCGGCCGGGUCCAGCGGCGGCAAGAAGGGCAGCGACACCGACAGCGAGCACAGUGCUGCGGGCAGCCCGUCUUGCCACUCCCCUGAGCUGCUGCAGACCCCGGAACCCGGCCACCGCAAUGGCCUGGAGUGACUGUCGCUCAGCCUCCCACCUGGCCCAGUCGGGCUUGUACGCCUGGCCCGGGCUUCAGUGUUGGCUCACCGUCCCGCUCUCCCUCCCCAACUCCCCGUUCCCCCUUUCUCCGGCUUCCCUCUCCCGAUUUUAUGAAAGGGAUGUGGACAGUAAGUAAGCACGCAUCUGCGGCUGGAGCCCUGGCUCCCUUCUGAAAGGUGAAAACGAGGCCUGGCGCAGUGGGAACCCGCUCCUCCAGCUCCCGACCGGCGGAACUACGAGGGGGCAGAAACCUCUGGAGUUGAAAUGGGGUGAACCGGGUAUCUGAUAGACCCGCCCUCGGCCUCUGCGACCGUGGAAAGCGCAAAGCUCAACCGGCUUGAGCUGAAGCUGCGAGGAGGGAGAAGCUGAAGGUCGGGCAAGGCGCCCUGCCCGGACCCCUGAGCGCGCCCUUGUGCCGCUGUCCCACGUAGAGCACUGCCCUGCACGCAGGCCUGCUGCUGCACCCUGACUGGGUUAGCAGAAUUUAGCUCUCCCCACUCAGCUCUGCCUAGCUGCUCUUUUGUGCCCUGCGGGUGAACCGCUGCGACUUGUGCGAAGGGAAAUCAAUGCCACAACCGGUUUUCAUCUCUGUGACCUUUUUUUUUUUUAACUGAAAAACUGAGAGGAAAAAUAAAUAAACAAGCAACCUUCCUCUUA